UGCUCAUUAUCAUGAUGAUCAUUUUCAUUAUGCUACAAAAAAAUUGUGUUAAAACACAGUUAGUGCCUGCAGUUUUUAUAUUUGGAGAUUCGAUUGUAGAUGUUGGUAACAACAAUAAUUUACCAACUCUCGUCAAAGCAAAUUUCCCUCCUUACGGUAGGGAUUUUGCAAACCAUAGAUCAACGGGUCGAUUUUCCAAUGGAAAAUUAGCCAUUGAUUACUUAGUUGACACUCUCCAAUUAGGCUCCUAUCCACAAGCUUAUCUAAGCACACAUGGAGUCAGCAAUGAACUUUUGAUUGGAGCAAAUUUUGCUUCAGCUGCUUCUGGAUAUGAUGAUUCCACAGCUAACUUAUAUCUUGCUAUAUCAUUAUCGAAGCAGCUGGAAUAUUAUGGCGAAUAUCAAUCGAGAGUUGUCGGAAUGAUAGGGCAAGCAAAUGCUUCGUCCAUAUUUUCCAAUGCACUUUACAUAAUCAGCGCAGGGACCAGUGACUUGAUACAAAAUUAUUAUAUUAGUCCCAUUCUACAAGCUACCUAUCCAAAUAUUCACCAAUAUUUUAACACUCUUCUAAGAAAUUAUGAGCAAUUUAUUGAGAAUUUGCAUUCGAUGGGAGCCAGAAGAAUUGGAGUGGCUUCACUAGCACCGCUAGGGUGUUUGCCCGGAGCCAUAACAAUAUUUGGAUUUGGAAACAAUAAUCAAUGUGUGGAUAGGCUCAAUUAUGAUGCCAUGUAUUUCAACACAAGAUUAAAUUCCACUUCCCAAAUACUAAGGAACAGAUUGUCUAACCUGAAUUUGCUUGUGUUAGACAUAUACCAACCUCUCUACAACUUAAUUGUCAAUAAUCCUAUACAAAAUGGGUUUUAUGAGACGAGAAAGGGUUGUUGCGGAUUAGGGACGAUAGAAACGGCAUUACUUUGUAAUUCAUUAGCUAUUGGAACAUGUUCAAAUGCAUCCCAUCAUAUUUUUUGGGAUGCUUUUCAUCCAUCAGAUGCAGCUAACAAUUUACUUUCUAGUUAUAUGACUAUUGCUGGUGCUUCCCUCCUCAACUAA